AGUUUGUAGUAAUGAAACUGUUUGUGGGUUCAGAGUUUGUAGUAAUGAAACUGUUUGUGGGUUCAGAGUUUGUAGUAAUGAAACUGUUUGUGGGUUCAGAGUUUGUAGUAAUGGAACUGUUUGUGGGUUCAGAGUUUGUAGUAAUGAAACUGUUCGUGCGUUCAGAGUUUGUAUUAAUGAAACUGUUCUUACCCCUUUCUGUACUGAAUUGCCCAUCAUCUGUCAGCAAGGUAUUUUCUGCUUACAUAAAAGAAAUAGAACAAAAACCCCAGCCUACACCAUGGGGGAACAAGAUGCCUUUUGGAAAUAUUAUGGCCGAAGUUUCCAAUGCUGGAGGGGGCUGGAUCCACUGUGUCAGUUUCUCCACAGACGGUAACAAGCUUGCCUGGGUGAGCCACAACAGCACCAUCUCGGUUGUGGAUGCCGAAGCAGACAUGAAAUUGGUUACACUAAGAACUCAGUACUUACCGUUUAUCACAUGUUUGUGGAGUUCUGUGGAUACCAUUGUUGCUGCAGGGUAUGAUUGUAGCCCUAUGGUCUUCCAGUACAACAAACAAGGCCAGCUGUCAUUCGUUGAUAAGUUAGGGAAGUCUCAGAAAAAAGAAACAGACGGAUUUAGGUUCACUUCACCCAGCUAA